AUGGAGUUCAAAAACCACUAUUUCAAGCUUCAACAAUUGAUCAACUCGCGAGUUCAUCUAAGUUUAAAAUAUGACCAGUUGAAAUCGCCCGAGAUCCAUUCGGCUUUGAUCCUGCCUAUUACUAAAGCAGCAAUAGCCAUAUGCGAGUCACAACAGCAGCCUAAUUUGAAAGUUUCCACUCAUGCAAUUUUUACAUUGUUGCUUAUUCGUUAUGAAUACUUGAUACAGCUGGAGAGUAAUUUGAUUUGCUAUGAUUUGUUGAUUACAAAAGCUACAGUGUGCGAGAUAUUGGCAGUGAGAAUGCUUCGUGAAUAUAAAUCACAACAAAGAGUACAAAUGAUACUCUGGAGCUGUCCCUUGUCGAUAAGCGGCAUAGGUUCACGAGGGACAAGAAUCAAUACUUUAGAGCUUUGUGUGGUAUCAAAACUGAAAUUAUUUCUUUCACAACCAAUAAUAGUGCAAAUACUUGAUAGAUUCUACAAUGGUAAAUUUGUACCUAUUGAAAACUGCAUACAAAAAGAUGGGGCUGGUGGUUGUGAUGGUGGUGGUAAAUGUAAAUGUAGAUCUGGAUCUGGACUGGGACUAGGAUUUGGAUUCGGAUCUGAAGUUGGGGGUAACGAUGGCAAUAACGACGAUGAAAAGGGUUUGCUUCUUGGUGAAGAGAUGAUGAGAAAGUGGAGAAAGAGGUCGUCUCUUAAACAAAUUAUAGCCAAAGUCAACACUGUUCCGAAAUAUCAAAAUAUCGUCAUUAACCUGAAAUUGAUUGCUUUUGCCACACUUUAUUUUUUGAUCAUUUUCAAACGCCAGUACCCUUUACUCGAAUGGGCAUUUUGGCUGUUCAGUUUAAGCUUAAACAUUGAAAUGGCUAUGAAGUUGAUGUACAUUGAUUGGGUAUUUAUCAAGAUGGUUAUUUGGAACUAUAUUGAUUUCUGUUUGAUUACCUUGCUCAACUUUUGCUUCAUCUUGAGAUUUGUUACCUUGCAAAGGUACUACAAUGAUUUCUUUAGCUUAAUUGGUAUUAUUUUGUUUCCGCGAAUAUUGUCGGUGUUUGGAAACUAUCAGUUUUUUAAUUUGAUUGUUGUAUCAUUCAACAAGAUGAUCUGGCAUUUGUUGGGUUUAAUUAUGUUCUUCUUCACCUUGAUCAGUGGGUUUUACUUUAGUUUCAUCGCUUUGAAUAUCAAUCAGAGCAAUGGUGAGAUCUUGUUCAACAUGGUCAAGAUAUUCUUUGGGUUUACCCCUUCUGUAUGGAACUCGUGGGAUGACUAUAAUACCUUGGGCAAAAUUAUGCAGAUGCUCUAUUUAUUCUUGCUUCAGUUUAUUGUUGGGACGAUUCUCGCUAUUUGUCUAAGCGGAGUUUUCCACAAAGCCCGGGAAAAUGCCGAUCAAGAGUUUGCGUAUACAAAGCUGAUUAACAUGGUGCUGUAUUUCAAGAUGGCCAAGCUUAAUCAAAGUCGUGGGGGUUUGAAUAGGUUCUUGCAAGUAUUUAAACUCCCCGUGGCUUUAUUGAUUAGUGUAAUUGAGAUAAUCAAAAUGAAAUUCGAGAGACAGUUGAGCAAUGAAGUUGAUUUUAAAAACUUUGUAUUCUUUACCAAUGAAGUUAACGUUAAUGGACUCAAAAUGGGUAAAAGGAAUCAACAAACCAUAAAGAACCACCAGUCAAUUAGUACGCUUGGAGGUGUUCAAUUGAGGACAGCAUCGACAGAUUCGUUUUUCAUUGAUCAGCUAUUGAAUCGCAAAUAUGGAGGAGUAGGUACGAGCGGCGGGACCGGUCUUGCAGCUACAGCCUCUGCAGUUGGAGGAGCAGGAACAAUAAUGGAUAAAUCGGUAAACAUCGACGGGCUAAGAACAUUAUCAAAAACUUUGAGGCAGUCACAAGGUCCUCAAGGAUAUCAACCUGUUUUACAACCACCUUUUAGUAUACCGCGUCGUCCAACUGCAUUUCAACAAUCUCCUAUGUCAUAUGCUUCUCCAUCAACAAUUCGAGGAGGUUAUAUACCUAUAGGAUAUUAUGGAGGAGGAGGAGGAGGAGGAGGAGGAGGAGACAAAAACGAAGACGAAGACGAAAAAGAAGAAAAAAAGGAGGGAGAGGAGGAGGAGGAGGAAGAAGUAGACAAAGAACAUUUAGACGGGAAAGUGGGACUGGGACUGGGUUUGGGACUGGGACUAGGACUGGGUGUAGAUAUGGGUAUGAACUUGAAUAUGGAAUACAUUCAUAUCAAGAAUGCGUCUUUAGGACUUAAUAUUAAGCCAAACAAGAUUUAUGAUAUCAAAGAAAUCAACGAUUAUGAAAUAGACGACCAUGACGACGACGACAAUCUCGAUAACGAGGAUAACGAAAGAUUACUGAUAAAUUCGGAGACUGGGUCUGUCAAAAUAAACAGAGAUAGUUCAAUAGCUAUGAAAAUUGAUACACAUACAGAAGAUGAACUAGAUCGUUAUGAUAGUGAUGAGACAUUUUGA